UUAUAGAAGAAGUUGACAACAAUGGCGUCGGAGCAAAUGUCUCGCAGGGAGAAUACGACGACCGAGAGGGACGUUCAUGUUGAGAAGAAUCGAGUCCCCAAGAUGACCACCCACUUCGAGCAUUUGGCUGAACAGGUUAAGGAAGGAUCGGACACUCCGCAAGGGAGUAUUCAGGAGUUACAGGGCGGGGAGUACAGGAAGCAGCACGGUGGGAGAGCCAUUGGGGAUAUCGGUGGGACUGGGAAAACAAGGGAGACUCAUGAAUUAGGGCCUCAUUUUGAAUCUCUUGCUGAUAAGGUGAAGGGAGACAAGCAGGAGAAUAAAGAGUCGUAUGCCGCUAAAGCCAGGAACAAUGCGCCUCAUUCAAAUGUGGGCAAGUUCGAAGUGAAAGCUGGAGAGAACAAGGAUUCAGCUGGAGAAGCUAGAGGGAGAAAUCAAUCUGAACUCGAGAGUCGAACCAGAGUGGUAAAUACGGGCAGACCGACGGAAAGCGCUGUGCAGAAACAGAUAAGAGAAAGCAGAGGUCAAGUUGAAGCGGAGAAAGGAAGAAGAGACAGCAGAGGGCAAGUUGGAGCGGAGAAAGGAAGAAGAGAAAGCAGAGGGCAAGUUGGAGCAGAAGUGGGACGAAGCUUGGAGAACAGAGGGGAGGCUAGAAUCAGAGAAGAAUCAAGAGAAGAGAAACUGGGGAGAGGCACAGAAGGAGAAGUUAAAGGAAGGGUUGGAGUUAAAACUCAAGGUCCUACUGCUGUUAUAACUUGUACAAUCGAAGGAGGCGAGAAGGAAGAAAUAGGAAGAGGUGCAAGAGAAUUAGAAGCAGCAAGAGAGAGAGCAAAACUUGAAGAAAACAGAGGAAGAGGUGGCGAUCAGGAGAAAGAAUCGCAAUCUACCUUGGGAGAUAUUUCCAAAUACAGAGGCCAAGUUCAAGAGAACACAAUGGAAGCCAUGAGAGCAGCACAGGAUCGGUAUGAGAGAGCAAAGCAGGCAGCUAGUGAAACAGUCGGUUCGACAACCCAAACAGCUCAAGAGAAGGCUGCAAAAGCAAGGGAAACAGCAAUGGAGAAAGCUGCUCAAGCCAAAGACGUCACACAAGACAAGGCUGCUCAAGCUGCACAGAUGGCUGCUCAAGCCAAGGAUUACACACUAGAGAAGGCUGCUCAAGCCAAAGACGUGACAUUAGAGAAAGGCCAACAAGGCUAUGCUAUUGCAAAAGACGCCAUCUCAAGCGCCACGGGGACGGCUUCAGAUUACACCUCUCAAGCAGCAGAGAAGGCGAAAUCUGCAGGUAGCACUACUACGCAAUACAUUGGAGAGAAAGCCGGCCAGGCUAAGGAUGUCACUGUGGAGACUGGUAAGACUGCGGCUGAAUAUGCUGGAAAAGUAGCGGCUGAUCUGAAGGACAAGGCGACUGUGGCAGGGUGGACGGCGGCGCAUUAUUCCACGGAGAUGACAGUGGAGGGGACGAAAGCGGCGGCUAAUAUUGUUCAGGGAACGGCGGGAUAUGCUGCUAAUGUGGCCGGUGAGAUUGCAUCGAAGUCAUUGGAUGCUGUCAAAGGGUUAGCUUCUAAAGCUGGGGAUACUGCUAAGGAUUAUACUGCCAGGAAGAAGGAGGAGGCAAAGAAGGAUUAUGUGACUAAAAAAGCGUCUCAGCCACAGGAACAAGGUCAACAAAGAGGAGGAGGAGAAGGAGGCAUGCUCCAAAACAUCAGUGGAACCUUUCAGCAAGGAGGAGGGCAAACAAAAGAAGGUGGUGGGAUUGGCGAAACUAUAGGCCAAUAUGCCCAAUCCACUAAAGAAACUAUAGGCCAAUAUGCACAAUCCACUAAAGAAACAGUGGGAGAUAUUGCUCAGACAAUGAAGAAGCCAUUAGAUACUGUAGCCCAGGGAGGAGGCGAGGUUAUGGAAGCUGUAGGAGAAACUGUGGGUGAAAUCGGACAGACGAUGAUCAAACCAGCAGAGAGAGCCUCAGAACAAGUCCCAAAGGGUCAAGCAGGAAGUGGGGUCAUCGAUGCCAUUGGAGAAACCAUAGCAGAAAUAGCACAGACAACGAAAACGAUGGUUGUGGGAGAUAAUGAAAUAGAGGCAGGCUCAAAACAGAGCAUUGGAUCAGAGUUUGAUCGUGGCAACCAAGGGGGAUUCGCACUUGAAGAGCGUAGAAGAGAAACCUCUGAAGCUCGGAAAACCUGACGUUCUUUUUGGGUUUGAUAGACAGAAACGUUCAGUAUGUUUGAUGUUUUGGUGUUUGUUUUGCGGAGUUUGUCAAUAAAUAAAAGUCGCUUUGGCGAUUGCAGAAUGUCAAUUUGUAAACUCCUCUCGUCCUUUUGAGUUUUGUUGGCUCAAUGUGUGCAACUAUGUUCUUUUGUUUUGGGUUGUCUGUGCAAUGUUAUACAUAGUCCAUGCUGAAGCAAUUGCACUAGUAGUGUGAAAGUAGUCCUCUGCCACUCUAUGCAAUUGCAUAAGCUAAUAAUUAUGUAUCUUUAA